AUGAGUCUGACUUUUCUCGCUAAGGAUCGUUGCAGAGGAACAACCGGUGUAAGUCUCCAUAAAGAAUUGCGAUGGUUGGUGGGUGAAAGAAGUUCUCAGAAGAAACUUUUUGAUUGGAAGAUCAGAUACGAAAAAAGUGACAACGUUGCUGUUCGAUCAAUGCGGGGCAUCAAAGAGCGAAUUGGCAGCUUAUUUGGAAGGCACAACGAAGUUUCUGGAGUACUGACCGAGAUAGCUAAGAUUGACGCAUCAUUUCACAAAGGAGAAUGGCUGCAAUUUUGUGAGAAAGAAGUUAUACCAAACGUUCUUGAAGCAUUUAUACGAGGAGAUUUGGAUGUGCUGCAAGAUUGGUGCCAUAAGAGGGCGUUUGUCGCGCUAUCGACAGUAGUAAAGGAAUGUCAGAAGAUGAAAUUUAGCACGACCGACUCACGUAUAAUCGAUAUAGGCAAAAAGGAGGAAUAUGUUGGUUUUUUGGACAAAAAAAUUCUGUCGGCUGACACCCACCCUCAAUGCUAUGCGAAUACUGCUGUACGAGUACAUCAUGUAUGGGUGAUGCGCAGAGAUAUGGAAGAAUAUAAUGGAGCAAUUGCACGGAAGCUCUUAGAAGUGCACAUGCAACAGGGUCAAGUUGCCUUGUAA